UGGAGGUUGAAUCUUCGCACGACUGACAGUUACACUUCGAAAGUUCUUUUUCCCUUAUGCUCUCUGAAAUGUAAUCUUCCCUUUGCUUCAUUCAUCAAUUUCCGCCAAACCCAAAAACCCAAUUUAGUAUUCAUUCUCUAUUCAAUUCAAUGGUCAGUAUUGCAAAGAAGUUGCAGAAAAGGAAGUGAUUGAGCGUUCCAUUAGAUCUCCAUUUGUUAGUUUUGGUGGACAAACUUUUCAUCCUUUUUUUUAUUUCCAUUUCUUCUUAUUUUAAAUCCUUCAAGUGGGGUUUCUCUCUUUAUUCUCAUCUUCCCCUUUACCCUUCUCUUUCGACUUUGCUUCUCUUCAACGUUGGGUUUCUCCUAAAAAUACCCAUCCAUUUCAUUUCACUUUGGCAAUUUUUGGCUUUUUCUAAGAAACCCACAAGGGGUUUUCCCUUUGAUUGUGUAUUUUCUAGUUCGAUUUUGUUUUCAGUGGUGGAUUGUUACAGAUGCUCCACAAAUGGGGAAAGGGGAAGAGCAAAAUCUCCCGUUGCAGCAGCGUCGUGAGGUGGCUUUAACUGGGGAUUCUUCUGGAUUUCUUUGUGGGCAAUGCUCGAUUGCUUUUCAUAGAGUUUGUAAGGAGUUGAAUUUCAAGUGUUUCUUUGUUUUGGUGUUGGGGUUUGUGGUGUUUGUUCCUGGAUUCUUUUGGCUUCUUCCACUUCAUGAAAGAAAUUCUGGGUUUGAGGCCAAAGACAACAUUAAACUCAGUGCUACAGUUCAGGUGUAUUUUGUUCUUGAAAAGCCCGUGACCGAGCUUCUCCCUCACAUCAAGAGAUUAGAGUUUGAUAUCAAUGGUGAAUUAGACAUUCCAAACGUGAAGGUUUCCAUUCUAUCCAUGCAUGAUAUAGGUGAGUCAAACAGGACUUACGUGGUUUUCGGUCUUCUUUCUGAAUACAUAACUGCUCCAAUAAAUCCAGUGUCCUUAAGUCUGCUGAGAUCAUCUUUAUAUGACUUUUUCCUUUCGGAAUCCAACCUUACUUUGACGACAUCAAUUUUUGGACAGCCAUCGACACUUCAAAUUCUCAAGUUUCCAGGGGGGAUUUCUAUAAUCCCAUUUCAACAUGCUUCGAUUUGGGAGUUUCCCCAGAUCGUAUUUAACUUCACUCUUACUAACUCCAUUUCCGAAAUACUUGACAACUUUGCCAAGUUCAAGAGCCAGCUAAAGUUUGGAUUGCGUCUGAGGUCUUAUGAGAAUGUGUAUUUGCAAAUAACAAACAAGAUUGGCUCGACAGUGCAACCACUCGUAAUUGUUCAGGCUUCUAUUACGUCGGAAUUGGGACGCAUUACGUCACAGAGAUUACAGCAGUUGGCUGCAAUCAUCAACACCUCUCCUGAAAGAAAUCUUGGCCUUGAUUAUUCUGUUUUUGGAGAAGUCAAGAGUGUCAGUUUGUCUUCUUAUCCGAAGAGAACCUCCAAGGCAAUGCCACCAAGUUUUUCUCCAGCCCCUGCCCCAGCGCCUGGCAAUCAUGUAGAAGUACCGAGUGGCCCACAUCCGUUGAGAUCCAUGCGACCACCAGCAAACCAUUCCCCACCUCAUGCAAAUUGCAAAAGCUCGUCUCCGAACCCUUCUAUGGUUCCUGCAAAUUCCCCUCAUGAACAUUCAAUACCACCAAUCUCGUAUCCUAAGUCUACCAGACUGAUCGUUCCUCCAGCUAAUCAACCUCGUGUUUAUUCUCCACGUGCAUCUCCAGUAGAGUCUCCACCACUGUUGCCCCCCGAUCUGUUACCUAAACCCAAGCCUUCUUUUCGCUCCAAAUCAGGGCAGACAAAUGAAGAUCCGUCACAUCCAGUUCAUGUAAGGAUUAAGAAUAACGGGUCUUGACCGCUCUCUCCUACAACUCAUUUACAUCUAUCACCUACAUAAUCAACAUACAAUAGUCUGAAGAAUACAAUCAGAUGGGAAACUCAUUUUUGGUUCACUCCUCAAGAACAAAGAAAGUCAGUAUAGAGAGUCCGAAGAAGAAUAAGAAGAAGAAUAAGAAGAAGACAAAAGGUGAUAUUUCCCUUUAUAUUAACCCUACGCAGGGAAAUAGGGAUGUUGUUUUCCAAAGGGAACCAACUCUCCUCCUUGGUUGGGUUUAAAUUAUAUAUGUUUUAGAAAAAAAUAUAAUUAAUUUAUGAAAGGAGAGAUUUGAAGUUGCAGACCUCAAAAGGAACUAUUAUUAUAUAGUCUUAUUUUCUUUAGUAAAAGAUGUACAGUUCUUAAACAAAGGUUCCUUUUGACUGUC